AUGACAAAAAUAAUCCAAUGGGUCACCACGAUGGCUUCAGAGACUCCGAAAUCUGCAGUGUCUUUGGUUGAACAAGGGUCAAUUUUAAAUAACUCUUCGCUCCACCUGGUGGGCUAUUUGGGAAAAGUCAGUGAAACUUUACUGUUUUGUUUUGUCUAAAUAUACAUAUUUUUUCAUUUUUUUUUUUUUUUUACCUGCGCAAUUUUUCCUUAACAUUUUGUUCUCUCACGGAAAUCUUUUUUUCAUUUUUUUUAUUUUAUAAAAGGCGAAAGAUUUAAACAUUUUUUAAUUUUUUGCUUGCAAUAUAAAUAUUGUAUUUCUUUUACUAAAACCACCACUUUUACUCUUUAUACACCCAACACCCACUGGUGUAACAGUUGAAUGUUUUGCUGUGUUAGAAAAUGCAGUUUGCAAUCUAGUAAAAAAAAAAAAAAAAAUAGGAGUUCCCUUUAAAUUGUUGCACGUUUGGUGCAAGUAUUACAUUAUUGGUACAGGAUAUCCAGCUUGUUUUGUGAAGUUACAGUAGGACUAAGGAUCUUAUCUUACACGAAUUGCAUUUGUAAGCCAUUUUCUUCAUAAUUUCUUUAAAAUAAUGCCUAUUGGGAUCUACAUACUUCAUUUUAACCCCUUAAGGACACAUGACGUGUGACAUGUCAUAAUUCCCCUUUAUUCCAGAAGUUUGGUCCCUAAGGGGUUAAAACUUACACAAUGGUUAAGUAUUCCAUCCAUGGAUAAAGUAUGCGUUUGAUAAGGCAUUUUAUUUUAUGAGCUGUAAUAUAUUUUAUCAUUUAAAGUGCUGGUUCUUGAAAGUAAUGUUUUAUACUUAUCACCUACUAAAGGUAUUGCUUUGAAAUAUAUUAUCUUCCAAAAUGGAUCUAGAAAAUGCGGUUUUAACUGGUUUGUAAUUUUCCAAAGUUCUAUAAUGCAGUUUUGUUUUCCCAUAGAAUUUUGAGACUACUACAACUUCUCCAGAUGGAUACUGUCCAGUAUGCAAGGCCAAAGACAAGAAGCAAGCACUCCGUACAUACCGGCUUAAUUUCACUCAGUCAAUAUACCUGUGUUCUGAUCCUCAGGUAUGUUCAGUUUCUCGUAUUCUUUUGGGGCGUCAUUUGCAACUAUGUAGACUUAAAAAGUUCUAUCGCAAAUUUUUACAGCACAUAUGUCAAGCUUAGUGUUCAUGUCUAACACGUGAAAGAACAGGUUACUGUUUAUUUAAAGCAACACUCCAAGCACCAUAACCACUACAGUGAGCUGUUGUGUUUAUUAUGGAAAAAUGUGCGCCUGCACCCGUUUAUUAGAAGUAACCGAACAUUUUAGUAACCCGAUAGCUUACUGGAUUGAUGGAAGAAGGAACUCUCUCGUCCAGAUUUGGAAGUGAAGUUCUAACUGGUAUCAGAAUUUCCUCUCGUCCAUUAGCCUGCUCUGGAAGUAAAAUAUAGAUCUGUCUAGUAGUGUAAAAUUUUUAAUUUUGAGUCCUUGUUUUAACAUUGUGACAUUUGCCUGAGAUGUAUUUGUUUCUUACAUUUAGUAAGUUAAUAUAGAUUCCUCCCCAGCAUUGUUAUUCACCAAAGUUAGAAUUGCCAGGAAUUCUAAACAAAUUUUCAUAAUUUUUAGACCUGUAUAGCCGAACUGGAAACAUAGAUGAACUAAAAUACUGUUAAGUGAUAUAAAAGGUGCUGAAAUAAAGUAAAUAGUGUGCAGUAAAACUCUCAAGAUAGUGACUGGUUCCUUCCCCCUACAGUCAGAAAAGUGAAACCUAUCGCAAUACAAAAGAAUGAGAUGUGCCCAAAAAACUUUAACUGAUCAGUUGAUAUCCUUGUAAUAGUGUUUGUGCAUGAACAAUGAAAACAAUUUAGAAUAAAUGUUGCACUAAAUAUUUAUUAAAAAUGUUUGAUUUUAUUCCUUACUAGGUUUAGAUUCAGGCUCCCACUUGAGUAUCAAAGAAAGCUUUACCUGUAAUCCAGGGUUAUGUCAGACUCCAUGCAGUAGCCCAGUGCUUACUGUGAUAUCUUUGGUCCAGUUAGCUGUUGUAGAAAAGCGUAGAGGACGUAUGAUACCUGGUUAGGAAUUGCUGCUCACUUAAUAGCAUAAAAUCCAAUGCUUCUCUGAGUAGCUUUAAAUGCAUUUUGUAGCAUUAUGAUGUGUGAAAAAUCAAGCCUUAAAGGACCACUAUAGUGCCAGGAAAACAUACUUGUUUUCCUGGCACUAUAGUGCCCCGAGGGUGCCCCCACCCUCAGGGUCCCACUCCCGCCAGGCUGGAUGGAGAGGAAGGGGUUAAAUACUUACUUUUCUCCAGCGCCGGACUCUCCUCCGCGCGCAUUCAGCCAGUCUCAUAGGAAAGCAGAAAAUCACAGUGAGAAGCACGGAAGCGCCUCUAGCAGCUGUCAAUGAGACAGCCACUAGAGGCUGGAUUAACCCAUUUGUAAGCAUAGCAGUUUCUAUGUUUACAGCAGAAAGGGUUAAUCCUAUGUGGACCUGGCACCCAGACCACUUCAUUAAGGUGAAGUGGUCUGGGUGCCUAUAGUGGUCCUUUAAGGAGGAAGUGCCUCUUGUGGCUGUUAGUCUGGUCUUCACAUUCGACAUCAUCACAUACAGCAAGGUCAUGUAAAUGCUAAUAAAACAACUCUCUUAACUCUUCUAUCUCAAUAUCUGGGCGCAGCCUUUGGUUCUCCUCUGCCCAUAAUGUCUAACUUGAACCUCUGUUCCAUCGCAUAGGCCAAGUUCUCCCCUCAGCCUGAUCCUCCUAGACUGUCAUCAUACCACCUAGCUGCUGUGGAAGAUGUGCUGUCAUUGGUUGCUGACACCAGACCCCAAUUUAGAACAGAAAUCAUGUUAUCCAGCCCAAAACUCUUUUCUGUUCUGGAGUAUGAUAUCCUGAUGAUACUGUAAGAGGUGGAGUUAAACUUCAUAUGUUCAGCAUUUCAUAGUGAGAUGCUACACAUAAAGGCUCCAUGGCCACUUCAAAACAGUGAAGUGGUCAUGGUGCUUGGAGUAACCAUACAAAUGUGUAGUAUAUUUUAAUUGCUGUUUUGGAUUUAUUUAAUGAAUGGCUGUCUGUUUUUUUUUUUUUUUAGUGUAUUUAUCCCUUGGGAUACACACCUUUGGCUGACGUAAUUAAAAACACGGAGGACUUAAAGAAAUCAUGUCACCAAAGCAAGCAGAAAAAGCGUAAUUUCUUGGAAACCUCUCCAACCAACAAAGCUUGUAUUAAGAAAAUGAAAACUGAUCCUUCUGUCUUUAUGGACUUUGACUCAAAAAAUAACUUUUCUUGUUCUCAAGUAAAAAACUCUAACCAUGCACCUCUCACUGUGACACCAGCAAGUGGAGUAACAAUGGUACCGAACCCUUCCAUGUUUUGUUUAAAUGAUUACAGACUGCAGACAGAGCAAAACUUGAUGGAAAGUUUAAGCCAUUGCAGUAGUAGUAGUACCACCACAUUAUUACUGAAUGGGAAACGUGAAUCCCCAGAUGAUGAACCAAAACGGGAGUUUUCACAGGAUCAUAAAAUGCUCCAUGUAAAAGAAAUGCAAAAAGAGCUUACUAGACUUAAUGAUUUAAAUGAUGGUACUGCUAGCAACAUUUCAAAACUUACAAGCAUGAUUAAUGGGCAUGAAGAAAAUAUGGGCAAUAGUUCAGAUAAAGUAAAUGCCAGUGUUAUCAAUGACUAUUCGGAAGUACAGGAAAAUAGACCCACUGCAUUCAGUUCAGUGACUGAAAAGAUUGUAUGUGAACCUUCAGUUCUAAUGCAUGUGAAGUAUGGCGUUGAAACUGUGAAUGCAACAUGCUCUUCAAUUCCAAAUUCUGAAAUUAUAGAAGCUAUUGGUUCCAAUCUCUGUGGUCAGAUUGCUGGGGAAUUGACUGGUUCUCUUAAAUGUACAUUGCAGAACUCUGAGCCUGGAAAAGAUGGGCAAGAAGACUCCGCUUUGGAAGUGUUUAGUGCUUCGGUCAACAUGGUGGAGUUAAGUGAUGAUAAUCUAAAUCUAUCCAACACAUUAAUAGAAUGCAAAGUAUCAGAACCAGUUGGUUUAACCAAGCAUGGUCAAAGUCCAUGUAACCCUAAAGAUUCUGCCAGUACCCUGCAAUUUGAACAUGGUUUGCAAGAAAGUUCAUUGGUCAAGGUGGGCACAGAAGCAGCUGUUGUACAUGGCAAUGGAGGUGUAACUCUAUCAGACUCCUCAUUAACAGAAUGUAAAGUAUCAGAACCAGUUUGUUUACCCAUACAUGGUCAUAGUCCAUGUAACCCUACAGAUUCACCAAAUUUCCUGGAACAAAGCAGAUCUGAGCAUGGUUUACAAGAAAGUUCAUCGAACAAAGUGUGUAGUGAAGCUGCUGUUGUGCAAGGCAAUGAAAGUAUGACUCUGUCAGCUAUGUCGUUAAUAAACUGUAAAGUAUCAGAAUUCGUUUGUUUGCCCGAACAUGGGCAAAGUCCAUGUAAUCCUAUAGAUUCUCCUGAUCUGCAAAAAAGGCGGUCCGAACAUGGUUUGCAAGAAAGUUCAUCGAUGAAAGUGGGCACUGAAGCACAUGUUCAGGACUCUGAGCCUGAAAAAAACAGGCAAGAAGACUCUGCUUUGGAAGUUUUUAGUCCUUCAGUCAACAUCGUGGAGCGAAGUAAUGAAAAUCUAAAUCUGUCAGAUACAUUAAUAGAAUGCAAAGUAUCAGAACCAGUUUGUUUAACCAAGCAUGGUCAAAGUCUAUGUAACCCUAAAGAUUCUGCGAAUACCCUGCAAUUAGAACUUGGUCUGCAUGAAAUUUCGUCGAUCGACGUGGGCACUGACGCAGAAGCUGUUGUUCUUGGUAAUGAAAGCAUGACUGUGUCAGACAUAUCAUUAACAGAAGAUAAAGUAUCAGAACUAAUUUGUUCAACCAAGCAUGGGCAUAGACCAUGGGACCAUACAGAUUUUCCUAUUCUCCUGCAACGAAGGACGUCUGGACAUGGUUUGCAGGAAAGAUCCUUGAACGAAAUGUGUAAUGAAGCAGCUGUUGUGCAAGCCAUUGAAAGAAUGACUUUGUCAGACACAUCGUUAAAAGAGUGUAAAGUAUCAAAACCAGAAUAUAACUCUACAGAAUCUCUUAAUCCUCUGCAAAAAAGAUCUGAGUGUGGUCUGCAAAAAAGUUCAUCAAUCAAAGUGUUAACUGAAGCAGCUGUUGUGCAAGGCAAUGAAAGUGUGACUCUGUCAGACACAUCAGCAACCGAAUGUAAAGUAUCAGAGCCAGUUUGUUUAACCAAGCAGGGACAAAGUCCAUCUAACUCUACAGAUUCUUCUAAUCUGCAGCAAAGGAGAUCUGAAUUUGGUCUGCAAGAAAGUUCCUUGAUCAAAGUGUGCACUGAACCAGCUGCUGUUCAAGGUGAUGAAAGCGUGACUCUGUCAGACACAUCCUUAACAGAAUGUAAAGCAUCAGAGUCAGUUUGUUUAACCGAACCGGGACAAAGUCCUUGUAACUCUACAGAUUCAUCUGAUUUGCCAGAAAAUUCCUUAAUUGAAGUGAACACUGAAGUGGAUGUUGUACUAGUCAAUGAAAAUAUGACUCUGUCCGACACAUCAUUAACAGAAUGUAAAGCAUCAGAGUCAGUUUGUUUAACCGAGCAGGGACAAAGUCCUUGUAACUCUACAGAUUCAUCUGAUCUGCUGCAAAUGAAAUCUGAUUUGGCAGAAAAUUCCUUUAUUGAAGUGGAUGUUGUACUAGUCAAUGAAAAUAUGACUCUGUCAGACACAUCCUUAACAGAGUGUAAAUUAACAGAACCAGAAUGUAGCCCAACACAUUCUCUUAAUCCCCUGCAACAAAAGAGAGCCGAACAUGGUUUGCCAGAAAAUACACCAGAUGAAGUGGGCACUGAAGCAACUUUUGUGCAAGGCAUUGAAAGUAUAAAGCCAAACAGUGCUUUAUUAGUUAAAUAUGAAUUACAUAGAACCCCUGAUUUGGUUCAAAUAUGUCAAAGAGAAGUUAAGCAUGCUCGCUCACCUAGUUUGGUGUCCAUACCAGUGGAAGGAAAUUCAUUGAUGGAAGUGUGCAAUACUGAUCUUGUUACAACUCUCCCUUCAGUAAACACCUGCAAUACAAAAAUAGUUCUCUCCUCCUUAGGAGACACAAUAAUGGGUAGCCCUAUCAGGCAAAAUAAUGUGGUGGCAAUGGCAAGCCCUUUCAACCAUGUUUACACUGAAGAGUCUAAAGAUGUCCCAGAGCCAGAGAUGUCUUCACUUGUGCCUGUCUUGCAGAGAAAAUGUGUAAACCUCUCUGCAGAAAAAUCGUGUCCUACAGAUAAUGCACCAGAAGAGCCAUUGCUGGAUCCUCAGCCAGCUUCCGAGAAGGCUAAUCCCCAAACUCCGAAUAAAACCUGCAAAUAUCUCCAGUGGAGAAACAAAUUUUCUCUUUGUUGGUUAAACUGCAUAUUGGCUUUUUUGGUUCAUUCCAGCACACUCAAGAACUUUGUGGCAGAAAGUGGUUUUAUGGAGGAAUCCGUCAUUCAUAUACUUUUUGCAAAAUACAAGGAAGCAAAUGCUAUAGUGACAUCGACCAGCCACAGAAGCAAACGAGGUAUUUAUAAACAUACUUUUUCUGUGUACUCCCCUUCUUUGAUAUCCGUUUUUUGUUUUUCAUACUAAAUUGCUUAGAAAAACAAAAUGUAACAGAUGCUUCUCGUCCUAUAUGUAAGUGACUCUUUAGCUUUGUAAUGCUUUUCCUGUAGGUAAGCCCUGGCUAGCAGCAGAUUGUCUGACACCAAAGGUGUAUACAUUUAAAAAGAAUAAUAGUUUUUAAAAGUAAUUUUAAAGUUCAUUUGUCCUAUAGAAACAGAUCUGAUUUAAUGUUUACUUUGCAGGUUAUCCAAAAAAUCUUUCUGCAGCUCAAAAAUGUCUGGAGGAAGUCAGAAUGGUACUCUUUGACACAAUCAAGAUUCCUUUGAAGUGCAAGUUGGGUAAGUUACAUUUUUUGUUUUGUUUUUUCUUUCAUAUAUACAUUUAUCUGCUGGUGAGGCAUUUUUGGUUCACACAUACGAAAGUAACUUUCUUCACUGUAUGCCUGAAAUGAAUGGGUGUCAGUGAUUGCUGCACCUAUCUUAAUAGCUUUCAUGGAAAUUCUUCAAAUCGUGACUUUCCUCUUUUACAUAUCCACCAGUGUUUGACAGCGUCUUUGUAUCAUUCCCAGGAAUUAUCAAUGAAGAUGAUAGGAUCGGUUCUGGGUUGAGUGGGGAAGUGCCCAGAUAUAUUCUUUGCGCAUUAACGUUGACAAUGAGCACUAGAGGUUACGGAGUAUAGAGUGCACCUUUAAUCUAGACAUUUAAACGAGACAUGCAUAGAUAUCUAGAUUAGAUUUUUUUUUUUUUUCUCUUUUAUUACAUGAAGCAUACUGAGUUACCAACAAAUGCACAGAAAGCUUAAUGAAAACCGCCUUCAGUAUUUAAAAAAAAAAACCCCAAAAAUAUAUAUAUAUAUAUAUAUAUAAUUGUUUUUUGUUUUUAAAUGUAAUGGCUAGAAAAAACCAAACCAAAAGCAAAGGAAUUUGAAUUAUGUCUAUUUACAUUCUAAUGCAUUUGAGUGUAAUCUCCUUUUUAAAGGGUUCUCUUUGGGUAGUCACAUUAUUUUCUUUUAACAAAGGAUACAUUUUCUAACGAACAAUGUAAUUUGCAGCUUAUUUUUAAUUCGGUGACACCCCUUCUUUUCAGGUGUCUGGAAAGUGACUUAAAAGUGGUUUAUGGAGUAGUGGACUGCAUUAUAGUGUAAGUAGAAUUCGGCCUGCAAGAUCUUAUCCGAAUUGGAUGGUAUUGAAUUCUAAAAAAAUCCCCAAACACCAGGACUAUUUUGGUUAUAUUAAAGGUGCACUGAAGGCUGUAGUUGAUUCCUUUUUUUUUUUAUUUUAAUGUAUUAUAAUUAAUGAAAUUUUGAUGGUCCCAAAUAUCCAAGUUGUCGCUAAAACACCAGUCUAUCCAUCUGUGAAAACUUUUAAAACCACAGAGCGUUGCUCGUUCAAAAAGGGGCUCUGCCAAUAACAUGUUCUGUCAGUAGCUCGACAAACCUUUUGUUAGUGAUAGGUGGACAGACAAGUGUGUGCUGUUAAGACUUGGAGGCAAUAUUGGGGGGUGAUACAGGGUCUAAUUGUUAUAUGGUCCAUUUAUAAUCAAAUUACAUUUGUGAAUUUCUUCUUUUAAAUGACAGCGGUAUGUUAAUUGUACACUUUCAGAUUAUGCAACAUUUUGGAUCUUAUGAAAAUCAUUUUAAAGUUUAGCAGAUUAAGCAGCCUAUUUUUAGUAAAAAUAUUUGUGAGCAUCAUUUUCAUUGAUGACUUUGUGCAUGCGUGAUGUUCUCAUUCACAGUGGAGAAAUCAAUGAUUGUGGUGUGGAGGAACUGGAAUAGCUUACACAGAGCCCUGAUCUCUACCCCACUGAACAUCUUUGGGAUUGUUAGAAUUAACAAUGUAAAAAAAAUUUUUUUUAUUUUUUUUUAAAUGCUUUUGGGUGAAUGGGCACCAAUUCCCACAUGCGGAAUUCAAACUCUUGUAAAAAGCUUUCCCAGAAGAGUGGUAGCUGUUAUAAUGGAGUUGUUCCCUUCAAUUAUGACUAUAAUGCCCAUGUUUUUAAUACCAAUGUCCCAUAAGGUCAUAUAGGUGUGAUGAUAUGGUGUCUGCACACUUUUGGCCAUAUAGUGUAUAUUUUAAUGUUUGUGGGUUUUGUUGCACAGAGAAACCUUUAAACUAUUGUAAGUUUUAAUUAGUGUCAUUUUUGGCAGGUACUUCAGAUGUAUGGUGGUUUUAAUGGAAUCUGUUAUGUUUGCGUGGUAUCGUGUUGUGUGUUGUUUUUUUUUUUUUUUUUUUAAUGAAAUAUCUUCCUGGGUGGUGUACUCACAAUUAUUACAGUCAGGGUUGUUCAAUGGGUAAACUUUUUUUGCCUUAUAGACUUUUAACUAUUUUUUUUUUUUUUUUUUUUUUUUUUGUAGUGCACCUUCAAAUAUUACAAUCUAUAUUUGUAUCAGCCAAGCUUUGCAAGAAUAACCAUUUGUUAUUGCAAUUUGUAAUUAACACUACUAAGAUCUUAUUUGUAGAUCUAAUCUCCCUAAAUAUAUUGAUAAUUGUCUUCCAUGUGAAAAUAAAACUGGAGAGAGAAUUCUAUGUGCACUAAGCUGCCAUUCAGCCCCGCUUGAUGCUAUUCAUUUACUAGCCAGCAUGGUGGAUUUAAUUUAGAUUAAAUCACUUGUCAUGAAAUGGACAUGCAUCACUUGAGACAGGUUGCAUUCACCUGGUCUUUUUUAGCUUGCAGAGUGACGCAACUGUCUACCGUAUAUACUCGAGACCCCUAAUUUUACACCCCAAAAACGGGAAAACUUAUUGACUCGAGUAUGAGACUAGGGUGGGAAAUGCAGCAGCUACUGGUAAAUUUCUAAAUUAAAAUUAGAUCCCAAAAAAAUUAUAUUAAUUUAAUAUUUAUUUACAGUUUGUAUAUAUAAUGAAUGCAGUGUGUUUGUAUGAAUGCAGUGUGUAUGAGUGCAAGUGUGUGUGUAUGUGUUGCAGAGCCUUGGUGGAGGUUGGGCAUUUUUAUUUUUUUUAUAUAUAUAUUUUUUUAUUAUAGUAUUACUUAAUUUUUUAUUUAUAUUUAUUUCCGUCACCCCUCCCUGCUUGUUAGCUGGCCAGGGAGGUGGGCUUUCAUUCCUUGGUGGUCCUGUGGCAUUGGCUGUGCAGGAGGGGGGCUGGCAGAGAGCUGUUAUUUACCUUUCCUGCAGCUCCUGUCAGCUCCCUUCUCUCUCCUAGGUUCCGGUCAGCUCCGUUCUCCUCCACUGUAAGUCUCGCGGCCGCGCGGAACGUUCCCCGCGGCUCUCGCGAAAUAUACUGGGGAGCUGACCGGAACGGAGGAGAGAGAAGGGAGCUGCAGGAAAGGUAAGUAACAGCUCUCUGCCAGCCCCCAACAGGACUGCCGGGCUAGUAUACGAAAUAUACAUAUGUCCAUAUACAUAAUUACAUGAAUAAUUUAAUAAAUAUACACGUAGACUUCAAAUAUAUAAAUAUGUAUAUAUUUUAAAAUUCUGCGUGCAUAUUUAUGUAUUAUUUUUACCUAAUUAAGUAAUUUUAUUGAUUGCAAUUUGAGGGACAUGCCUGACAACCCAGGCCGAAAGAGAAUUUAAUUUACUAGCACUGUGUUUAACCCUGUAACUUUCUAUGACACCCUAAAACCUGUACAUAGGGCGUACUGUUUUACUGGGGAGACUUCGCUGAACACAAAUAUUAGUGUUUCAAAACAGUAAAACAUAUCACAGCGAUGAUAUUGUCAGUGAAAGUGUUUUGCAUUUUUCACACACAAACGGUACUUUCACUGAUGAUAUUGUUGUGAUACGUUUUACUGUUUUGAAACACUAAAAUUUGUGUUCAGCGAAGUCUCCCGAGUAUAACAGUACCCCACAUGUAGAGGUUUUAUAGUGUUUGUGUGAUGACUUUGUGUUUGUGUUUUUACAGGGUCAAAUAUAAGGCUUGAUUUUACUAUUUUUAUUUUUUUUUUUUAAUUGAAAUUUGUCAGAUUGGUUAUGUUGCCUUUGAGAGCGUUUGGUAGCCCAGGAAUGAGAAUUACCCCCAUGAUGGCAUACCAUUUGCAAAAGAAGACAACCCAAGGUAUUGCAAAUGGGGUAUGUUCAGCCUUUUUUAGUAGCCACUUAGUCACAAAAACUGGCCAAAAUUAGCGUUUUUUGCAUUUUUAACACACAUACAAAUAUAAAUGCUAACUUUGGCCAGUGUUUGUGACUAAGUGGCUACUAAAAAAGACUGGACAUACCCCAUAUUGACUGCCCUGGGUUGUCUACUUUAAAAACAUAUGUACAUGUGAGGUGUGAUUCGGGGAUUUAUGACAGAUAACAGUGUUACAAUGUCACUAUUGAUAAAUUUAAAAUAUAUAUAUAUAUAUAUAUAUAUAUAUUGAAACAGCAAUUUCCUAUUUGUACUUAUAGCCAUAUAACUUGCAAUAAAGCAUGUAAACACUGGGUGUUUUUAAACUCAGGACAGAAAUUUGAAUCUAUUUAGCAGUUUUUUUUUUUCAUUAGCUUUUGUAGAUAAGUAAAAGAUUUUUCAAGUAAAAGUCCAAAAACAUGUUUUGUUCAAUUUUUCACCAUAUAUUUUUUUAUUUAUUUUUUUUAAAGUAAAAUCUAUGACAUGAUACAAAUAAUAGUAUGUAAAGAAAGCCCUUCUUGUCCUGAAAAAAACAAUAUAUAACUUGUAUGGGAACCGUAAAUAUGAGAGAGGAAAAUCAGCUAAACACGAACACCUCAAAAGUGUCAAAACUGCCCUGGUCCUUAACGUACAACAUGGCCAAAACAGGCCGGUCUUUAAGGGGUUAACUAUAAAUAGGACAAUUACAAGAAAACUUACAGGAACGAUAGGUUGAAGAGGACCCUGCUCAAACGAGCUUACAGUCUAUAUUAUGAUGCAGUGGCAUAUGAAGCAAUUGGGGGCCCCCCAUUCUCAUUAUGGCCCCCACCCGCCGCCCAGGGGUGGGGGGAGUACUGCGCUCCCCCCCCUCCCCCCCCCCCUCAUUCUCACUGUUUAGGGAGAUUAAUAACCUGCAUGAACAAACUAACACUGAUACACGGAUACACUGAUACAUUGUGUUAGUUUGUUCGGCUGAUAUUUCUAUUCACUCAUUCGUCUGUCUGAUGAAUGAAUGAAUAGAUGAAAUUCCCGUUCGCAUGUCCAGGUGUUUCACUGGGCAUGUGCGGGAAUCUCACAGUCUGCCUAGUGUGGGCUGAUGACGUGUCCCUGAGGGAAUUCAUCUACCCACACAAAGAUGGCGGCGCCCUGAAUAUAGAUCGGGGCAGAAAAUAAGGAUUAAAAAAAAGGUAAUGCUGGGGGCUUAGGGGCAUUUGGGGGUGACUAGUGGGUCAAUUGGAUGUAGUGGAGGCGGGAGAGGGGUUAAAAAAAACAAAACAGAAUUCGGCAUGACAGUGCCGCUUUAAAAUGGUGGUGCCCAGUUGCAGGGCAAAGAGGUGUGGAUUUUGCACGUUUAAUUUUUAUUUUCACACCUAUCACAAAUACACACAUACUUAUUGAAUAUGGGGUAAGUAAACUUUUUAAAAAUCCUGUGAAAUUAUAGUUUAUUUUUAAGAAUGAGAAAUGUUAAAAUAUGAUUAAGGAUCAGUUCAGUAAGAAAUGGUUCUGUGAAUAAUCCUUUUAAAUGUUUCUAUUUUCUCCAGGAUUGUACACCUUUUAAAAGAAACCAUUUUGAUUCUGAAUAUAUUAGCUGCAGAUUAAACUGCCAGUUGUUGUUUGCGCUGUUUGAUGUGGUGUACCUGGAUUGAUUGUAAUGCCAUUCUUUUUUUUUUUUUUUCUCUAACAGGAGAUAAAGAGACCCCAGUCUUUGCAUUACCUUUGCUACUGAAGCAGGAUCCCAAGUUUGAGGAGCUAUUUGUGCAUUCUUAUUCGUGGAGUUUUUCCUGUAACUUAUGUGGAUACCAACAUCAGGAGUGGUAAGAGCUUGUGUUCCAUGUUAAUAAGGAGUUAAAGGGCAGCAAGAGAUGUGCAACUUAAAUUCGACCUAUAUACAAUUUAAAGAAACACUCCAAGUACCUGUAGUUGUACUGGUGUGUAUAGCUUGUCUCGGCAGGCAUUUUAAUGUAAACACAGAGAAAAUGCAGUGUUUACAUUGGUUCCUUGAAACGCCUCCAGUAGACGUGAUUCAGGCGGCCACUAGAGGUGCUUCUUGGGUCAGUGCUCUGCAUGGAGACGAACUUUUCUCGUAGAGAUUUGAGUCAAUGCUGCAUCUCUGAGGAUAGACUCCCAAUGCUUUCCUUUGAGAAGGCAUUACAUUAGCUAAGAUCAUCAAGUUUGAUCUCCGCCAGUGAGGUGGAGCACCCACGACAGACCCACAUGACACUAGAAAAGGUGAGUAAACUUUUAAAAUUGAGGUUAGGGGGGCUGUGGGGCCUAAACUGUUGUUUUAAAAGUAUAGUGUCGGGGGUACCCACUUGUAUUCCUGAUAAUAUAGUGUUCCUUUAACAACUACAGCAUACUAAAAAUAAUUUCCCAUUGCCUGUUAUGGGCUAAGCCUUGCACUUUUAGUCUUGGCUCAGAUGUAAGCGUUUCUGGCUCUGUCGGAAAUAGUGAAAGCAUUGAGGGGAACCUGGCAGACCCCAACUAGAUAGAGCAGGAUCAAAUACCAGGGAGAGCGUUGUUUGUCAAAACCCUCCGAAACAGUAUGACUAAAGGGGAGAUGCCCAUGGUAUCUGCAUCAAAGCCUCUACACUGAGCUUUAGUUUUUAUGGUGUGUAGAAUGCUUCUUUUGAUUGAGUUUAUGGGGCCUACAAUUCUUACACUGCAAUGACCCUAUCGCAUCACACAGAAAAGGGCCACAUUAGUUAUAGGUGUUUUAUUCAGUGGUGUCAUUUCUUAUGUGAUGGUUUCCCUCUAAAUUGCUAGCACUUCCUUAAAAAUAAAAAAAAGUAUCUAAAGGAAAUUCAACACUUUUUGUAAUGAAUCACUGUCAUGUUUUUUUUUUUUGUUUUUUUUUUUUUCAAAUAUAGCUGUGAGAAAACUAUGACUACAUUUACAAAUAUUGCCCCAGAUUGGAGUCCUCUGAAUGCAGUACACAUCGCUCCUUGCAACAAAUGUCAGGACACUGGUCAGAAACGGAAAAUGAAUUUAGAAAAGUAAGUGUGUAAGCAUGGCUAGCUCAUAUCACCUUUAAGGAGCCGGAUUGCUGAGUCUUUCAUAAGAGUUUAUUUAAAUUAUUAAAUUGGGCCAUUUACUUUUGGUAAAGAUUAAUUACUAUUUUAAAGUUGAACUGACUUCCACACUAUAUUCUUAUAUAAUUGUUUCAUCAAGUUUUGAAAGGAAAUGGAUUCUUUGUUAAAUGAAGUAUGUAGGGAAAAAGAGAAAAUCCCAUCCUCUACCUUUAGAAUAUGACCAGAUCCUUCAGCCAUAUACAUACUUUGGGUUAGACGGUGUUUUAAUUAGUUUGUCGGUCUGAUGAUGUCGAUGCCCUGAGCAGGGAGUGAAGCAGCGAGAACCAUAUAGGUUUUCACACAUUAUCUAACCCAAGGUGUAUGUACAUGGCUGAAGAAUCCUGUCCUAUACUAAAGGUAGGGUAAGGAGUUUAUUUUGUUUGUCAUUUAACACAUAAUCUUUUGUUUAAAAAUUAAAGGGACACUAGAGUCACCUGAACAACUACAGCUUAAUUUAGUUGUUCAGGUGAGAUCUAUAGCUCCCUGCAGGCAAUCUAAUGUAAACACUGUAUUUUCAAAGAAAAUACAGUGUUUACAUUGAUUGAUAGGAAUACCUCCAGUGGCCAUCACUCAGACGGCCACCAGAGGGACUUCCUAUCAUGUAGGGCCCUAAAAACGCCUUGUACACGUCAGACGUAUUAAAAUAUGUCUGGCGUGUGCAGGAGAGAGAAGGCACUUUGUGCGCGCCUUCUCUCUCCUGCCUGUCAGCCGAGGAGAGGGGGCGGGCAAAGACUGCGAGCUGAGCUGUCAGUCGCGGUAGUGCGCUCAAGACUUCAGAGGGCGGCAUGAGUGCCGCCCUUUGAAGUAUGUGCGGCGAAGCCGCGCAUGCACACCAGGGAGCAGUGACGCUCCCAAAUGAAAGGAUCAUUACAUAGAAAAGUGUUGCUGUGACAGUUGUCCUCAAACAUGCCAAAUACUUAAGGUGGAUUCCCUCCUUCUACACCCCUCUAUAAUUUGAAACCAUUUAAGUUCUGCAUAAAGCACAGCACAGACUGGGCUGUAAUGGAGUGUUAUUAAAAUGAAUGUUCUAUUGUUGCAGGAUACAUUCUAUAUUCAUGGUUCAUUUUGUGGAAGGAUUACCAAGCAACAAUCUAAAGUUGUAUUCAUUUAAGUUUGAAGAACACUUGUAUGAAGCUAAAGGAGUUAUCCGUUAUCAUGGUGACCAUUUUUCGACUUGGAUUGCAAACGAUGAUGGUAAGUGUUACAGUUAAUAAAUAGAAAAUCCUUUACAAUCUGGGAAAUAGUGUUAGGAAUACAAAACUGUGCCUCUACUUUUGUGGCAUUGAAGAAAGGGUUAAAACAUUUUUUUUUCACUUACCUGAUUCCAGCAGCGAGGUCCCUAAGUGUUGGAUUGGGCUCCUUCUCCUGUGACGUCGUGGCGAUCUAGCUACAUAAUGCACAUGCACAUGGCCACCCCCUUAGGAAAGUAUUGAAUAAAUAAUUUCCUUUUGGGAUUUUCAAGAUGCAGGAAUUACCUCUAGUGGCUAUAUGGUAGGGUUAAGGGGACAAAGGACACUGCACCCAGACAUCUUCAAUGACAUGGAGUGAUUUAAGUGCCUAUAGUGUUUAUUUAACUGUGUGUGCAAAAUAAGAAAAUAAGAUUCCUAGUGGUGUUUUCUCAUAUGAUUAAGUCACACAUUUACCCUAGCACACAUUACUGGCAGAUUAUCAAUUAUUUAAUCAUUUUCUCCCUUUUCAGUACGUUGCAGAAUUGAAUAGGGUUUAGCUUGUACCUUUUUAUUCAUUUAAUAUUCGAAGUUGAUGUUGCAAUUUGGCCUUUUGGUUUGGGGGUAGUUUGUUGACGAGCAGCAGUCAGGGCAGGAAGGCAGACCUUUUUGGUGCAAAACAUCCAGGUCAGUUAUUUAAUCAUGAACUUUAAUAUCUUUUAAAUAUUGUUUAAUAUUUUAGGAACAUGGAUGGAGUCUGAUGACCUGAGAGGAUCAUACUGCAAAAACCAUUUGUGUUUUGGAGUCCCACCUGCUGAGAUUCAUAUAGUAAUUUGGGAGAGGAGUACUUCAAAGUUUACUGAAGAGGAAAAUCAAAAGUCCACAGAGGGAGAUGACUGCCAAGCACUUUCUAGCCACUCUGCAUCACCUUCUGGUCCAAUCCCAUCUCCUGCUUCAACUGAAUUGCCAAAAGAAAAUUCUUCUGUUCUUCAAGCUGAAUCAAUUACCCCAAAGAAGUCAGAUUUACUUUUUGGAUUUGAGGGUUAUGCUGAUGAUGAUAUUAUUACGCUAACUCUUACAGAGAUUCCAGUUGACUCUCUAGGAAAGCCAAUAGAAACUGAUCUUGCUCCAGUCAUUGUCACUCCUACAGAACAUGCAAAUGGAAUGGCAACCGUCUCUUCCAAUUCAAAUACUUUAAAUGUUCCUUGUGCUGUUGAUCACAUACAGUCAUCUGGCAAACUGGAACCUGAUGUGGCAAAAUCAGUUAAGAUAUUGCAUACGAAACCUGCAAGCCAUUCUACUGAUCUAUCCCCUAACAGCGUAGCAUCUGUUAAACCUGCAAACCUCUGUGCUGAAACUUCACCAGACACUGUCAAGAAGGGGGUAGUGGGCAGCUGGGUGAAGAGUCUGCUAAACAAGAAUCCUUCACUGGCUUCUACCUUAAUUGUUUCAAAUACAAAAAGUACAACCAUUAAUAAAGACUAUUGCUCCCCUCUGAAGCUAACGGAUGCAAAGAAGGCACAAAGUUUUGGUGCAUUUAGAGCAAAGGGUGUCUUAAGUAAUAACCAUGCAAAGGACACACUUCAAAAUGGAACCCCUGUUAGAUCACUUAUGCCAAAAUCUAACACCAGUUCUUCUGAUCAGACUUUUCAUACACCUAGCAUUCCAAAUCAGUUGACACGAGGGCGCAAUGAAACAAAUAAUGGUAGGUUGCAGGCAAAGGAUCGACGCUCAUAUUCUGAGGAUAAAAUUCGCAAACUUAGAAUAAAAUUGUUAAAGAAGCUAAAGGCUAAGAAAAACGAACUGGCUACCUUGGAGACACUUGCAAAAACUCAGCAUAAUAAUUCUACAGCAGAUCAAAUGAAUCCUGCUCCCCAAGCAAACGUCUUCAAGCGGCGUGAUCACUUGCGGGACUUUCUUCAGGAGUUACAAGAUCAUAUCGAUAACGCCGACAAUGAAUCUGUAUGUACCAUGAGUUCCAAUGCAUCACUUUGCAGCAGCCCAGGAGACGCAGAGUUCUUUGCUGAACUAUUUUCUCCGUCAUCCACUACCACUGUCAAAGAGAACGAUGAUAGCAGAUUUCUAGAAAUGUUAGUCGAUGGGUUUAGCACAUCUGUACCCAGUUACCCAACAGACUCUCCCCAGUUAAGUGUUAAUAACUUUGCCACGUGCAAUCCACCCCCUCAAAAGCCUUGCUCAGGAAGUACUAGUAGUAUCACAAAUAGCAGUUUUGAAAAUUCAGCCAUGGAUGAUCACUUUGAUUUCCUCUCAAUGGAGACGAAGAACGAAGAAAGCCAUUAUAUUGAUUCUUUUGAUGAUAUUUUUUAA